AUGCUCUCGGUCGAGAAGACGUUUUCCCACUCGCAGAAGGACUCACGGCCCGGAUUACAGAUGCAGAAAAUGCCCAUCGCGUUUUCGCGUCUGGAGUUGUCUCACUGCGUAGGGGCCAACUCGCUGGGUCCCACUGUGCCUUGGAGGCCCGGGGGGCCCUGCAAGAUGAAGAGGGUCCGCACCGUCUUCAAACCAGAGCAGCUGGAGCGGCUGGAGCAAGAGUUCCUCAAGCAGCAGUACAUGGUGGGCACCGAGCGAGUAGACCUGGCUGCAACUCUGCAUCUCACAGAGACUCAGGUGAAAGUCUGGUUCCAGAACCGGAGGAUCAAAUGGAGGAAGCAGAGCAUGGAGCAGAAGGCGGCAAAGCUGUCACAGUUUGGGGUGCUACAGCCUGCCACCGCGGACUCGACGGACGCCAAGGACCACGAGGAGGACACCGUGGACGUUGAGCUUUGA